CAGGGCCCGAGGCUGCGAAACUAAACGACCCCGACAAUAAGAAGGAGGCCGGGAUAGCCGCGGAUGACCCACCACCACGCAUCUCGCUCCGUAUCGAUAUUUUUGAGCUAGAAGGGGAUGUAAGACUACAUAUUGAUCACGUCCGGAUUAUUGGCUGUGUGAUAAUAAUCGUUCAAAUGGGCAUCUCCAUAAUUCCUUGGGUGCUUUACGAUAAUUGGUCGGUCUUCUUGAUAACCUGUGCGGGAACAUUGCUUGCUCUGUUAUCUGGUGGCUUGCGUCAAUGGGAUUUGGAGAAGUGGCCUGGAGACAGACUGAAUCGGUCUCGUGAAAAUGACCAAGCCAAAGAGCCUCCUCCGCCCGUCCCAGCAGGGCUAGUUUCUACUAGCAACAAGGGAAACUCAGACAUAGAACAAGGCCGGUCCAAACACUCGGCCGCCUCUAGCAUUCCCUCUCCCCUAUUAUCGUCUCGGUCUCAACUUGCUCUGAAGAAGUCCAAGGUCAAAACCGUUUGCCUCACACGUGGCAAUGGUCAUCGCAAUGCUCUGAUACUCAUAGGCUCUGGAUCGGAUUGGGACCUUGAGGCACUAGCUACCGCCACCUCCACUUCGUUUCCAGAAACGCGGUGGUGUCUCGUAGGCUUAGCCAUCCUAUGGGUCUCUCAUUUGAUAUGCGUUGCCGGGCUCGAGUCGGAUACAUGGUUCCUGCUUCUUAUCGGGGGAAUAGGCAUGUUGCAAAAUGUAUAUACAGCAUCAGCGCCACGUGCACCCGAGAGCCUGGGAUUAAAAAUGAAGCCCUUUGCUGAGCGGCCGACAAUCAUUGGUUCGGCUGUAGACGAGAAGAGGUUUUGGUUUGAGCCGAGGGCGGAGGAAGGGUUGAAUGAUGAAGACCUAUCUCCAGAUCACGAGCUCGUGAGGCGAGAACCUUACCUAGAGCCAUGGCAGACAGUGGGCGUACGAGGAGCGAUAAGGGAACUAGAAAAGACAAUACCGAAAGCCGGGAUUGCGAUCAUGCCUGAGUUUUUCCCCGCGGUAUGGAAGAUAGAGGAGGGGAGAUAUAGGGAUAAGAGGGAAGCGAUGUUUUGGCGGUGGAUGUAUAAACGACCAAAGUUGGAAGAUAGAAACCAGUGGAUAGUUGACGUUGUAUUUCCAGUGAGCGAAUGGUUAAAUUUGAGUGUGUCGUUAUUCAUCAUCUUCAUAAACUCUCUUUAAUUAAAAUAUCAUGUUUAAAUUCA